UUAAUCUCCUCACCCAUUCCUUCCGCAAAUUUUAUCGCUUUAUUCAUCAAAAUAACCUGAAACAAACCGAUUUUUGUUCCUACAUUUUUCUUUAAUCAUAUACCCUUUAUAGAAACAUCCCCACUUUUCAAGAUUUUGAUUUUUUUUUUGAAACAAAACUUUGCCCAUUUUCCAAACAAUCAAUUUGAAGAAAAAGAUUGAAACUUUUCCCUUUUUUUGUUGAGAAAAAUCAGUUUGAAUAAAAAAGAUUGAAACUUUGGACUUUUAUGUGUUGAAAAGAAUCAAUUUGAGGAAAAAGAUUGAAACUUUGGCCUUUUGGUGUCAAAAAAAAAAAAGAAUUUGAAGAAAAGGAUUGAAGGGAAUAAGAAUGAGGUUGAUGCAAGAGGAAGAAAUGGAAUCAAAUAGUAAUGAGAAAUCAAUGAAAGUUGUUGUUGUUGGUUAUGCACUUACCUCUAAAAAGAUCAAAAGCUUUUUGCAACCUAAACUUGAAGGUUUGGCUAGGAACAAGGGGAUAUGUUUUGUUGCAAUUGAUCAAACCAGACCACUUUCCGAUCAAGGUCCUUUUGACAUUGUGCUGCAUAAGUUGACUGGGAAGGAGUGGCAGAAAAUUCUCGAGGAUUAUCGGUUGACGCAUCCAGAAGUUACAGUACUUGAUCCUCCGGAUGCUAUACAACAUGUUUACAACAGACAAUCCAUGCUCCAGGAUGUCGCUGACCUGGACUUUUCUGAUUCAUAUGGUACAGUAGGUGUCCCUAAACAAUUGGUCAUAGAAAAAGAUCCAUCAUCGAUCUCUGAUGCUGUAAAGGUUGCAGGAUUAUCCCUUCCUCUUGUUGCAAAGCCUUUGGUUGCUAAGUCACAUGAGCUAUCACUGGCGUAUGAUGAGUAUUCCCUUCAGAAGCUGGAGCCACCACUUGUUCUUCAAGAAUUCGUUAACCAUGGAGGUGUUCUGUUCAAAGUGUACAUUGUUGGGGAUGCAAUUAAGGUUGUGAGGCGUUUCUCCUUGCCCGAUGUUAGCAAGCGUGAGCUGUCAAGAAGUGCCGGUGUGUUCCGCUUUCCAAGGGUUUCAUGUGCUGCCCAGUCAGCGGAUGACGCAGAUUUAGACCCACGUAUUGCUGAGCUUCCUCCAAGAGCAUUGCUUGAACGCCUUUCUAGAGAACUUCGUCGACGACUGGGGCUCCAUCUGUUCAACUUGGACAUGAUUCGUGAGCAUGGAACAAGAGAUCGCUUUUAUGUCAUUGACAUAAAUUAUUUUCCAGGGUAUGGUAAAAUGCCAGAAUACGAGCAUAUAUUUACAGACUUUCUAUUAAACUUGGCUAACAAUAAAUACAAGAAACGCUCUGCAAGCUUUCCUUAGAAAACCUACCUUCAGAACUUUAAUAAAAGCACCCGGUCACCAACAAGAUGCUGAAAAAGGAUAGCACCUGAAGGAACUUAAUCACACAGUUGCCCGUGAUAGCCGAUCAUGUACAGAAGGUUGAGAGAUUCAUGACUCCACAAUCCACGGUUUCUUUAAAAUGUGGUCAAUGUUAAAGCAGUUUGCAUGUGUUGUAUAUAUUUGAUUUCAAAUAGGCCAUGCUAGGUGUGUACCUUGACACCAUAUAUACAUCCUAACUGCAGAAUCCUUUUGACUUGUAGCAUUCUCUUUUUCAUAUCUUUGCAUCAGGGACUUGUUUGCUCUUUUUGGUACUAUAGUUAUGUAAAUAAGUUUGUUUUUAUAUUAUUUCCGGAUCAUGGUA